CUCGUCACAAGUGCAGACGGAAUAUUUUCCAAACCAUCGCCGCGGCGAUGACAAGAAACACGAAUUUCUGACCGUCCUUCACUGCAAUCAUCACCAAGCUUCCCUCUCUGAAUUUUCUACUUGUUCACACCAAGCAACACAGAACACCCACUCCCCAGUUUUCCUCAAACCUUCAACGCACCUGCUACCGGACCUGUUUCAUAAGGCUAGCUGACAAGAAAGCCUUUAACUCCAAACCAACCUUCGUCCUUCACUGAUUAUCUUGACUGAAUCAAGAAGCUUAUCUCAUCAUGGCACGACGGUCAAUCACGUCCAGCACGUCUUCGGACGUGACCUAUAACGUGAUGAAGGCUGGACUUGAUCAAGGCGCGCUGAAACCAGGAAAUAUAGACCGGGAUUUUACCAAAUUUCUUGACCUGAAAUCAGCGCAUCAACGCAAGUUUCUUGAGAGUCUUCGAGACCACGUCCACUUUCGCGGCUUCGAAUGGGGCGAGUUACUGAACUCGGAGGCCACCCGACGAACCUGCGCUGAGAUUUUUGUGGACAGCGUCGGAAGAACGUACUGGGGUACUGAAGACAACCGUCGUAAGUACUUGAUGGAAGACUCAUUCAACGAUCCGAACGCUCUUUGCAUAUAUCCCGAUAGAAGGGAGGAGAUCAUCCGAACUAUCAUGAUUCUCAUCGAACGCAAGGCCAAAAGUGCUCUGAAACCACGCACUGACAAGGAACCUUCGAAAGUGAGACCUUCCCUCUCAUCGAAUGAUAAUACCGGGUUCACGCCCCUCGAUACCAGUACGAAUAUGGCAUCACAUAUGACCUCUUCUAGCAAGCGUGUGAUGACGCCAGCGCCGCAUGUCGCCGUGCAAGUCGAACGCAAGCCCAAACGCAAGUCUAAGAGUUUUUCAGACGAAGAAUACAGAGAAACAGACUCCGCCGUUGAUGACACGGAUGAUGUUCAAGAGCACACACCUUCCAUGGCCCGUCAAGUGAGACGUUCUUUAACCACGCGGAUUCGCCCUUUCAAGUCGAUCAUGACUUCCCAAGAAUGCGAUAUUGACUCCGAUAGCGAUCCGAUGAUGGUGGACUGGCAGACCAAGUGGAGUGACCCUGCGAAGACGAAGCAGGAGCGCUCCCGUCCCGUCAAGAUAGAGCCUACUCCCCCUGCCAACAGCUUCGACAUCGAGAAGCCGGACUACUCUCCGAUCAAGAUGGAGCCACCAGCAAGCCGCAAGAAGAGAAAGUCCAAGAGCAAAAAGCACUCGCUCAUCAGACAGGAGUCACCGGAAGUGAUGAUGAACCUGGACGAACCUGUUGCUGACGACACCUUCACCAUCACCACUGUUACUCCAGGCGUCGAAGCCAAUCCGGACGAUCCAGAGGAUCCCGUCUAUUUCCUCGUUACCGCGACCUCCCAACCGGGCAUGGGCUCGGUCUGGGUCCCCUACCGCGACUUCCGCUCGGCGGAGGAGUUCAUGCGCUGCCUGCGACAGGAAUGCCGUCUGGACAACUGGAGCCCGUCCCGCCAGCUGAGCCACGACGUGAGCGGCCACUCCCCGACCACCAUGAAGCCCGUCGUGGUGGCCGCCUCGGUGAAGUUCGACUGGACCGACUUCGAGAUCCGCGUCCGCCAGCACCACGACCAGGACUGGGCGAUGGUGCAGCAGGAGCUGCAGAAGUCCAUGGAGGGUCGGACCCAACUUCUGGAAUCGGGAUCGCUGACGUCGGCCUUCAAGAUCCGGGUACUGCUGCACGUCGUGGAGGAGGAUAUGCUGCUCGCGGACCCCAGGGACCACUGAUUUGGAUCUUGGGCUUUCCAAGGCAAACAG